UCAUGCACUCGAGAAAACUGCAGAUUCUACAUAAGUCAGUACUGUAAGAUUUCUGUGAGCAGGUGCUCCUAAAAUCACAACAUUAUUCAAGGACGUCACACUCGUUCAUCCAGGUGGGGAUCUAGAGCUCAAAUGCUCGGCCGUCGGACCGCCACAUCCCGUCGUGACGUGGACCAAAGGGUCACAAAAGGUCUUAACAAACGAUUCUGAAACAGCUGUGCUACUUAUAAAAAAGGCAGGAAAAGACGACGAGGGAGAGUACCGUUGCUAUGCGACCAACUACCUGGGAGAAGAUGUAGUGGAAACUGUCGUCUAUCUAAUCGGUCUGAUGUCAACAAAUAAUUAGUUUAAUUAGCUUUAUAGCGGUUUAAAGUUACGUUUUGUUUAGAAAAACCUCGUUUUAUUUAUAAACCUGCGGGUGUCGUACAGUUAUCCCUCUCUGGAAGUUUAAGCGUCAAUUGUACGGCGACUGGUCAGCCAGCUCCUAGUAUUACAUGGAAAAUGCCAUGUGGAGCGAAAUCGUCUCGUCAUUCUGUACUCGGUAACGGAACAUUGGUCAUCAGUGACGCUACUGUUUGGGAAACGGGUAUUUACGAAUGUAUCGCUCAUGGUGGAGGAGCAAUCGCGAGUGCUAAAAUUCAGAUCAUCGUUCCAACACUUGAUCAAUCAUGGAGGUUGAGUGACAGUUGUAGUGGUUUCAAGCAGUCAAAAUACAACAGUUCAGUCUCAUAUGCUGCAUCUUCAUCAAGUACAUGGUCGACAUCGAAGUAUUACUAUUGUCCUUCCGGAUAUCACUGGGCGUGUACAGAAGAAGGAAAGAAAAUAUUCAAGAAUAAUAAGAACUGGUCAGGACAAUACACGUACUAUGGCAAAUGUGGGUGGAGUGCAUACACUUACGGAGGAUAUAGUCGGGAGUAUUUUAGAUUUCGAGAUUCCUAUUCUACAAAUGCUGUCAAGCACGCCGGAAGUUAUGAAGAGUAUCAGCUUGAAUACACCUCCAGAACAUCCAAAUUUGCGGGCGCUGUUUGCAUUAUUAAUUAAUUAACUUAAUUCAACUGUAUCUUGCAAGAGAUUCAGAAACACAACUAUGUGCGUAAACUCACGCACUUAGUAUCAAUGUAGUUUACCAUAUAUAUUAGAAAUGAUUCGCACUCUUGAAAGAGUCGUAUCUAAAUAUAUUGACCUAAUCUGAUUGCAA